AACCCAGAAAAGGAAUUCAACACUCGAGAUCGAUCGAGAGCGAGAGAGAGAUUUUGAGUGCAAUAAUUUACCAAAUUUGUUAUCACGAUGGAAGCCUCAACCGACAAGGACUUCAAGAUCGGAGAGUGCCAAGGCCAGAAGGUGGUCGAUGGCGAGGUGAUGCCCCUCGUCCUGCUCCCGCCGGAGCCUGCCAGAGGGGACGCCGGGUCGCUCGUCGCCGCCCUGAAGAAGAACAGGGAAUGGUUCGACCAGAUGAUCAUCAAGAACAGCGCAGUUCUGCUCCGCGGUUUCGACGUGAAGAACGCCGAGGACUUCAAUGAGAUUGUCGAGGCUUGUGGGUGGGAGGACAUCCGCUACAUCGGGCCCGCGCCGAGGACUCACAUCUACAAGCGGAUUUGGACUGCGAACGAGGGCCCGCUGUCGGAGUUCAUAUACUACCACCAUGAGAUGGUUCUGUUCAAGGAAAACCCCAAGAAGGUGAUACUGUUCUGCGAGGUGCCGCCGCCAGAGGGAGGGGAGACGCCGUUUGUACCGAGCUUCCGGGUGACGGAGCGGAUGCUGGAGGAGUUCCCAGAGGAGGUGGAGGAAAUGGAGAAGAAGGGGCUGAUGUACACCUUCACGGCCCCGAGCAGCAAUAACACUUCCUCCAUGAGGGGCCGCGGCUGGCAGGAUGCUUUUGGCACGCCUGACCCGGCCGAAGCCGAGAGAAGGGUUAAGGCCAUGGGAAUGGACGUGGAAUGGCUGCCUGACGGUGGACUGAAGACGAUAAUCUGCCCACGACCCCUCACAAGGGUGUUCGAGGGAAGGAAAGAAAGGAGGAUGUGGUACAACACCGUGGUGGGGAUGCACGGGAAGGAGAUCAGCUCGGCCACGAUGGCCGAUGGGACCGAGAUCCCAGACCACGUGGUGAAGCGGUGCGGUGAGAUCCUCGACGAGGAGAGCAUCCAAUUCAAGUGGGAGAAGGGCGACGUCCUCUUCUUCGACAACAUGGCCUUGCUUCAUGGACGUAGGCCAUCGCUCCCACCAAGGAAAGUUUUGGUGGCUACUUGCAAGUGAUCUGGUCCCGAGUGUUUCUUGGGUGGAGUCGUGCUCUGGAAAGCUUUGAAAUAGGUUACACGGAGCCAGGGGAAAGUGGAAUGAACUAGGGCAAAGCAUGAAUAAAAGUGAUCUGGUUAUUGAAGUUAUACUAUCUAUAAUAAUGGCCGCGAGCUGUCGCCGCCACCAUCCGAGCUCCCACGUCAUCCCUCCCCCUCGCAACUUGGCAGG